AGGUUACUAAUAAGGACAUUGUAUGUUAUAAACCGAACAGUAAUGGAGAAUUAUUUAGUUGUUUUAAUACUGUCUGCUUUUGUUUUGCUUGGUGCUUUCUAUGUACACACUGUAAAUCAAAACAUAGUCCAAAUAAAAGACGAGUUACUACAUCACGGAAAUGAAAUAAGUAAGAAACUUACAGAAGUGAAAGUAGAAUUGGAUACAACGGAAAAGGAAGUUAAACAAGUGAAAGGAGAAUUAGAUACGACGAAAGAGCAAAUGAAUAUACUUCGUGCAGAAAUGAUAAAAAAAGACAAUGCCCACAAGAAAGAAAUAAGUCAAAUAAGAGAAGACUUACAUGCAUUACCUGGAGAACUAAAUAAGAUUAAAACAGAAAUUUCCGCACACAGACCUGGGUUUUAUGCAACUCUUUCGCCUCAUACUGAUUUAGGUCACAUUCAAACAAUAAAGUUUGACCAAAAAAUAACUGAUGUUAAAAAUAAUUACAAUACGAACACCGGAGUGUUUACUGUUCCAAAAGAUGGACUUUAUCAUAUUUCGUGUACUAUGUUCUCGAAAAGCGGUUUGCUACAUGCUGAGAUUAUGAAAAAUGAUCAAGUGAUUGGUCGAAAUUUUGGAAUUUCCUCCUACGUGUCUGCAGCAAUUGAUGUAGUUAUGUCUUGUAAGCAGGGAGAUUCAGUUUUUGUACGGCACAUGACAGGACAAAGCUCCCAAAACAUUCAUGGAUCUGGAUAUUCAGCUUUCUCUGGAUUCCUUAUCCAUUAGUUUCCCGAAUUGUAAAAAACAAUGUUCCGGAACAUUUAUAAUUAUAUCUUCAUUUAUUAUCAAAACAACUCAUAGAAUAUAUAAUUAAAAUACAAUUCACAAGAAUAACAUCAUGUUAAGAUAGUAAUUAAUGUACUUACAGUAUGAGAUCCGAAUGGCAGAUAUAAGACAAAAUUUCAAUAAUAAACAGAUGUUUCAA